AGCAGAUAUUCCCGACUUGGUCAAGAUGUAUGGCGAUGAUUUACCAGCCGCAGCUGCUCUGGAUACGGAGCUUCACAGCUGGACAGUGAAAUGGAGCGGGUCGGUACAGUUUGCAGCAGAUAAAGAUACACCCUCGAAGGUUCUCAACCAAAUCGACAAGGACUUCUUUCCAAAUGUUGGGCAGCUGUUAAAGAUAGCAUGCACACUCUCGGUAACAAGUGCGGAGUGCGAACGUUCCAUUAGCCGUCUGCGGUUUUUGAAAACUUGCAUGCGUAGCGGCAUGGGAGAGUCACGCUUGAAUGGCCUAACGCUGCUCCAUGUUCACCGGGAUAUCCCGUGUGAUGCUGAAGCCGUCGUGGAAGAAUUUGCAAAGCGAAACCCACGGCGGCUUCAGCUGUCCGAGUUUUGUUAGCAAUGGUUUGUUUGUUAAAUAGUUAUGUGAGAGAUCUGCCUUGAA